AUGUCGACGGCCGGAUCCGUGGGUGCGCACACGCCAGAAUAUCUAACCUCAUGGCGGCUCUAUGCUGUCACUGCAUGCCUAUGCUUCAGUCAAUUGCUUAUUGCACUUGAUACGAACAUAAUCACCGUGCCAUUGCCGCGAAUAUCUUCUGACUUUAAGGAUCUGGAGGAGGUGGCGUGGUACAGCACAGCGUACAUUCUCACCAUCACCGUUUUCCAACCCCUGUUGGAGACUAUUUACAAGCAAUGGAAUUCCGCCAUCGUCUAUCAGUUGACGAUCUUCAUGUUCGAAAUUGGUUCCGUGCUCUGUGCCGCCUCCGUGAACUCUCAUGUGUUUAUACUGGGGAGGGCAGUCGCCGGGUUCGGGGCUGCUGGUGCUCUCUAA